AGACUAAUAUGUAACUAGUUUAGUUCUAUUUCUUGCAGGAUGCAUGAGGGGCCUGUUACUUGCUUAGCUUUUACUGAUGACCAAUUGCUUGUUAGUGGUUCCUCUCUUGGCACCCUAUCACUAUCGGAUCUUUCUUCUGAUCAGCGAGUUGUUCUGCUUGGAUCAACCUUUUCUGCAGGGAUCAAGACUUUGUGUUUCAACCCUAGCUCCUAUAUGGUGUUUGCUGGAUCAACUGCUGGAAAUGUCUCUUGUUGGGACCUCAGGUUUGCUGAAAUGACUAAAACAUGAAUCAACAUUCUUACAUGUGUUUUUUUUUACGCAACCCAGCCUUUCUCAUCUUGUUCCAUGCUUUCUGUGCUAGAGUCAGUUUUCGAUCCUUAGACAGUAGCUUCGUCAAUCCUUUUAUAUGCUGCUGCAGUUGUUAAGGGUUAAUUAGGGAUGUCUCGUAUUCGUAAAACUUUCGAGUCUGCUUAUGUUUGAUGAGCAUGACAAAAGUUGCUCAAUCUCUUCGAAUAAGUCUCCCCAGAUUGCAUCCUUCAGUUUCUAAAUAUUUACUCUAGUUUCUGUGGAAUUUGAGUUGUUGUAAAUGCCAUUUUAGCACCAGUACAAAAUUUCUGAGCCGUGGAAGCAGCCACUAAUGCUUGCAUUAGGGUAGGCUGUCGACAU